AUGCUUCCCUAGUGCGUUAGGUUCACCUACCAAACCACACCAACAAACAAACAUUUGAAGAGGAAAAGAAGGGAGAGUGAGAGAGCUGGAACAUUGGAGAGGAAAAGAGAAGCACAAAAAUGGGUGAGAUUCCACGAGUGAAGCUUGGAAGCCAAGGCCUUGAGGUUUCCAAGUUGGGAUUUGGGUGCAUGGGCCUCACUGGAGUGUAUAACUCUCCUCUUCCUGAAGAAGAUGGCAUCUCCUUGAUCAAGUAUGCUUUCAGCAAAGGGAUCACCUUCUUUGACACAUCAGAUGUUUAUGGCCCUCAUGUCAAUGAAGUUUUGGUUGGAAAGGCACUCAAGGACUUGCCUCGAGAUCAAGUUCAGAUUGCCACAAAGUUUGGAAUUGUCAAAUUUGAUUCUGGUAAUGUUAUAGUGAAUGGUACCCCUGAAUAUGUUCGAUCCUGUUGUGAGGCUAGCCUUCAGCGUCUUGGGGUGCAAUACAUUGAUCUCUAUUAUCAGCACCGGAUUGACACCUCUGUUCCCAUUGAGGACACUAUGGGUGAGCUUAAGAAGUUGGUCCAAGAGGGAAAGAUAAAGUACAUAGGAUUAUCUGAAGCUAGUUCUGGUACAAUCAGGAGGGCACAUGCUGUUCAUCCCAUUGCAGCUGUGCAAAUGGAAUGGUCCAUUUGGACUCGUGAAAUUGAGGAAGAUAUUGUUCCGGUUUGCAGGGAACUUGGGAUUGGAAUAGUACCAUACAGUCCCCUUGGCCGUGGAUUUUUCGGUGGCAAGGCUGUCAUAGAAAGUGUACCAGCAAAUAGUUUCCUGGCACUCCAACCAAGGUUACAAGGGGAGAACUUUGACAAGAACAAGAUUUUUUAUCAUAGGCUAGUGAAGUUGGCAGAGAAGCAUGGAUGUACAUCUUCCCAACUUGCUCUUGCGUGGAUGUUUCAUCAAGGAGAUGACGUGGUACCCAUCCCUGGAACAACUAAGAUAAAAAAUCUUGAUAGUAACAUCAGUUCAUUGGAAGUGAAGCUCAGCGAAGAUGAUUUGAAGGAAAUCGAAGAUGCAAUGGCAGUAUCUGAGGUGGUAGGGGAGCGAACUACUGAUGCAUUUGUUAAAUGUUCAUGGAAAUUUGCUGACACUCCGGCAAAAGCAUAGCUAGAUACCAGUUAGGCACUAAUCUAGUCUCCGGCAAGAUUAAUCGGCAUCUGAAUAAAACUAUUACCUUGUGUGGUGUGCUUUAGCUAUGUACAUGUUAUGCAAUCACAUGAUGAGAUAGAUUAAGUUUGAUUUGAAUCCAAGAUUUCCACAUCAUUGUUACCAGCCAAUUUGCUUAAUCACAGUUGGAUUAAUGUUUCCCUGUU